AUUCUUGUAGGCGCGCCGCUAGGUCAAAACCCCCAACCGAACACGACUCAAUCCGGCACAUUGAAACGAUGUCCAGUGACACAAAAUCAGUUUGAUUGUGAAGAUGUUUUAACAGAUGGUCGACUUAAUCCAGCUGGACGUUACGAACCUGAAGACAACGAGAAAUUGUUUCCACCACUCCCAAUUGAAAUCAAAGAAGGUCAAUGGCUUGGAGUUACUGUCAGCUCGCAAAGGCCUUCUGGAGUCAUUCUUGUAUGUGCCCAUCGAUACAUUUCGAAAGCUGGCAACACUCCUGAGUCAGCACAACAUGGUCUCGGUCUUUGUUACAUUUUAGAUAAUGACUUCUCGUACAGUGAUGUCUUUGAGCCUUGUAAGGGACGAAAAACUGAGAAGCUUCAUGAAGAAUAUGGAUUUUGUCAAGCGGGAACGUCUGGAACUCUUCUUGACGACGGAACUGUUGUUUUAGGAGCUCCUGGUGUCUAUACAUGGCGUGGAAGUCUCUAUCUGAAGAAUGUUGCUGGUAGUUACUUGAAACGAGAUAAGAACAUUUACUACACGCCACAUGAGGGAAACAACCCGCCGAUUGACAAGUACAGUUACUUAGGCAUGUCUGUGACUGGUGGAAAAUAUUUCGAUGACACGUUCACUUAUGUCGGCGGUGCACCUCGUUCUGAGAAUCACGGCCAAGUAAUUUUCUUUGAAAAACUUAAGCAAAUUAAUCCAAUGCGAGUGAUUCAGAAGCUUGACGGUGAACAAUUUGCUUCUGGAUUUGGUUAUCAGUUGGUAACUGCUGACGUCAACGGCGAUACAUUCCCGGAUCUGCUUGUAUCAGCACCAUUUUAUUUCGGAAAACAUGAAGGCGGCGCUGUUUAUAUUUAUCUUAAUGACGAUCAGAAAAUAAACAAAAAGUUUGAUUUGAAGUUGACGGGAAAACUUGAGUCGAGAUAUGGAUUGGCGGUGGCAAACAUGGGUGACAUCAAUAAAGAUGAAGCUGAAGAUAUUGCGAUAAGUGCGCCUUAUGAAGAUGAAGGAGUUGUUUACAUUCAUCUCGGAUCGAAAGACGGUUUAAGCAAACUUCCUUCACAAAUUAUUAAAGCUUCAGAACUUGGUUUGAAACCAAAUCAGAAAAUCAACACAUUUGGAAGUUCUUUGUCUGGUGGAUUGGACAUUGAUGGCAAUGGUUACCCUGAUCUUGUCAUUGGAGCUUACAAUUCAUCAGCUUCAGUUGCACUUUUGUCACGUUCAAUUAUUUCACUUCAAACGACAGUUCCAAAGAAAGGCGACAUUAAAGCGAUUGACCCAGCAGUGAAAGGAUGUGCAGUUGAUGUGUUCAGUAACUUCUCUUGCUUCUCAUUCAAGACUUGUUGUUCAAUUGAUCCAUUACCAGACACUGAGAAGCAACAAACAUUGAAUAUUAUUUACACGAUUGAAGCAGAAACAUUUCAAAAUCAGAAGAAGUUUUCGAGAGUUUUCUUUGGUCCCGACACUGACAGUCGAAGUAACAUCAUGAAGAGAAACUUUGAAAUUGAGUCGAAUGGCAUCGAGCAGUGCUUUGUUGAAGUUGUUUACAUUAAGGAUAGUGCUGGCAAUGACAUUCAAACACCGAUAAAAUUCCAUUUGAAUUACACAAUGGUUGAGAAUCCUUUGAAAUCGUCCGGCUUGGUAGAAUUGAAUCCAAUUUUGGACCAAAACCAAGCUGAGCGAAUCUUUGAAGCGAGCUUUCAAAAAGAUUGUGGUAAUGAUGAUGUUUGUGAGUCGCAAUUGGAAGUUAUAGCAACACUUGGUGGACUAAGAAUGGGCGAUGAUGGACAAUACGAUUUUGUGUUGGGAAAAUCUGAUGACAUUCAACUCAAUGUAAACGUGACAAAUCUUGCGGAUUCUGCCUAUGAAACAAAUCUUUAUGUUGUACAUCAAUCGAGUGUGACUUACAUUGCGGCAUCUAAAGAAUCAACAGUCGUGUGUAGUCGUCACAAUGACACAGUCGUCCUUUGUAACUUUGGAAAUCCAUUAAAACGUGGAAAUUCAGCAAAAACUGUCAUUAGAUUCGAUCCUAUUGGACUUGAAGAUUCAGAACCACAAGUCAAAUUCAUUGUCUUUGCAAACACAACGUCCAAGCAAAUUGAACCAAAGUCUCCGAUAAUUUUGAAGACAAAUGUUGUGAAACAAGCUGAACUUCGCAUCAUUGGUUAUGAAACUCGCCCACCACAAGCAUUCUAUGGUGGAGAAGUAAAAGGAGAAAGUGCCAUGAAAUAUCUUGAUGACAUUGGAAAUUCUAUUCUUCAUACUUACGAUAUUGUGAAUGAAGGACCAUGGCGUGCACCAUACGUUGAAGUUGACAUUGAUUGGCCACAUCAAGUAGGGAAUGAUAAGCCGCUUGGCAAAUGGCUUUUGUAUCUUGAAGAGAUGCCGAUUGUUGAAAGUAGCACUGGUGGAGAAUGUGAAAUCGAAGAUCGUUUCAUAAAUCCACUGAAGCUCGAGAAAAAAUUGCAAGCAGAAAAUUUAAUGACAGCAGAAAUGAUUGACACUUCUUUAAGUGGAAAGCGAUUAAACAAAUCUCAUUCUUAUAUCGAAUAUCGAGACAAAUCUUCAUUUUCAUCGCAAGAAAAGAAAACAGUUUAUGAAGAAAGUUCUUUAAAUCGUGUAAAACGAGAUCGUGCGAUGAUCAUUAGAGCUGAGAAGUUGACUGAUUCCGAUGGGAAAUCCACAAAUACUGUCACAAUGGAUUGUCGAAAGAAGACAGCAAAAUGUAUAAAAAUUAAAUGUAGACUUUACAAUAUUCAACGGAAAGGCCGAGCCUUGAUUAAAAUAAAAUCAAGAGUCUGGAAUUCGACGUUAACUAUGGAUUAUCCCCGCGUUGAUUACGUGACAAUCGUGUCAACAGCAAAACUUCGUAUUCCUCCAAUGUAUGGAAUAAAUCAGAACGAAUCUGAUGAUUCGUCGUCGAUUUCCUUAAAAGCUUAUCCUGAGUUACGUGACCAAGCACCAUCAGGUGAGAUCCCACUUUGGGUGAUCAUUCUUGGCAUCAUUGUUGGCCUUUGUCUGCUCGCGCUGGUUGCUUUCAUUCUCUGGAAGUGUGGAUUCUUCAAACGUCGUCGUCCGGAUCCAACGCUAAGUGGCAACCUCGAGAAAAACAGUGAAUCGCGUCCUUUCAUCAAUAAAUGAAUUUGAUUUACGGGCAUUUAAGGGAUGAAAAUUGAAAGGGAAUUUGAUUCAACGAAUGAAUGUAAAUUUUGUUCGGUGAAUUGUUGCUGACGCUAGUUCAAGUCUUAAAAAUUGUUAAGUAGGAAAGCACUUAAAAAGUAUUGUUUAAAACCGCUGCACUGGUAAAAUUUCCAGUGAUCUUGUCUAAGUCUUCAAGAUAGCCAUAAGUAGGAUAACUUUAAAUAUAGAAAUGAAAUUUAUAAAUUGUUGUGAUUAGAUUUUCCAGUUUUUCUCUAUAAAUAAUUAGAAAAUUAUCUUAAGAAUUUCGGAAAAGCCUUAGAUUAUGAAAAGCCGAAUAUUCUUAGAUAAACUUUGUUCAAAGGAAAAUUCGAUGUAAAUUUUUGAUCAUAAAACAAUUUUCUUUUUGGACAGUCAUUUGUUAAUAUUCGCAUCCACCUACAAUACGGUCAUGAUAAUAUCUUAAAUUUUAAUUAAUGACAAAACAAUUGAAAUGUGUAAUUUCAAAUUAAAUUGUGGAUAAAAUAAAAUGAAAA